AUGGACGGGGCAUCCUCGUCUGGUCCAAGGCCAUAUAUUCGUCUUACCUCACAGCUGAAGAAUGCCACACGUUCCGCGGGAGGAGAAGUCCGAUUCAGAUGUGAGGCCAUUGGCACGCCACCUCUUUCGUUCACGUGGUUGAAGAAUCAUGCUCCCAUCGAGAAGUCGCGACGAGUGAAAGUUCGAAAUCGUGAGAACUCGUCCCGAUUAGUGAUCACCGAACUCGACGUCUUGGACUCCGGCUACUAUCAGUGUAUCGCGUCCAAUUCGGCCGCCUCUGUCAACACAACUAGUGUUCUUCGGGUCAGUCAAUUCUUCGCUCUUUCAUUUAUUCAAUUGCUUCUGCUCAUCCCAUCCGUUCACCUCCUUCCAUUGAUUCCGUCGUUUCUGAAGCCAUUUCGUGGGAGCAAUUCGUGCCUCCAGCAGUCAUCAGUAAAUGCAUGA